UUUGUUUACAUUUUUCAUAGGGUAAAAUCGGUAAAGGCAAAAAUGAAAGUUCCCGAGCGUUGUUGAGAGUGUUUUUGGGUUUCUUCUCUGCUGGGUUUAAGAAUGGAGAAAGAAGUAGAGGGCGGUUGUUCUCCAUUCAGCCUGUUACCAGACGAUAUUGUUGUUCAAAUUUAUAAAAAAGUAGCUGAUUUGAAAACCCUUUGCCGUUGUCAGCUUAUUUCCAAACAUUUAGGUUCGAUCGUCUUUCAAGUCGGCGACAUUUUAUUCAAUGUUCCUCUUCGGAUAGCCCUUGAAAACGAGAAUCGAUCAGAGGACAUAAAAAUCCUAUUCGAAUCAUAUAGAUUGCCUGUUCUGGAGAACUCAUUCGACGGUACUCUUAAUUAUGAUAUUGCUCCUCUUUUAAGAUCAGAUUCUUUUCCAUCUGCCAUUAAGUUUAUCAAGAGGUUUAGGAAGCUAAAGUCUAUAUGCAUUCAGUUUCCGUCUUACGUUAAUAUGAAGGUUGGUGUUUCUUGCGUCCAAGUGAGGAUGGAGAUGACUGGUAUUAGAGGUGACUGGUUGGGAAUUGAGGCACGGAAGUCGGAAGAUGAUUUGGAGGAAUUGGAACUAGAAGAAGAAGAGGAGGAGGAGGAAGAGGAAGAAGAAGAGGAAGUCGGAGGUGACUGGUAUUCUGAUGAUGAAGACAGUGAUGAAUAUGAAGUGGAAAAUGAGAAAGAAUAUUUAUUGCUAAAGGCUAUAUGGCGCAAUAGUACUUAUUCUUCUUGUUUGACGUAUGCGCUUGAUAGGUUUAAGAAGGUAUUUGCUUGCACUGUUGAGUUUCCGCUCUUGGAAAAGGUUUUCAUUAUGGAUUCCAGUGAAAGUGGGAUUGCAACUUUAAGUGGUGGAGAAAUUGACAAGAUGAGGAAAUUGCUACAUUAGUGCGGAACUAGUUAGCAUUGGCUUAUUGGUCAUGUAGACGUUUCUGAUACGGCAUGAGAGUAAGUUAUGUCUAUAAAAACUAACCUGCAAGAUCUGUCUAGUUCUAUAUGUUUUGCUCUUAUUAAUAGAUUAAUAUAUCAAUCUUUGAAUACUGAAAUCUUUUAAUUCUAGUCGGUUUGGUUACCUCACA